ACACACAUAGAUAGAUAGAUAGAUAGAUAGAUAGAUAGAUAGAUAGAUAGAUAGAUAGAUAUUGUAUGCACACACAAACACACACAAACACAAACACACACACACACACAUACACAGAGCAUAGCUAACACGUAGCCGUUUGCUCAAACAACAAACAUAAACAAGCGAAUGAGGAAGAUUCUUCUGAAGAUAUCAGUUUGUCAGAAGUGGCAAACCUCCCUCAUAACACAUCCUGCCCUCUUAACAAGCAUUGAAUAAUAGAUAAUAUAUGCCUGAAAAAAAAAAAUCAUAAAUAUUUAAACUGAAAGUAAUAAAACGUUGCGUGGUAGCCGCGGCUGGAGCGCCUUUUAAUCGACUGUUUAUGCUAUCCUUCCCUGACCCUAUACAAAUCCACAACGAUCACAUCGGUAUACACAUUGCGAACUUCUCCGUGCGGAAGUCUGUGUAUGUGUGUGCGCGUGUGUUAAGUUCUCGAGUGAACCAUGGCUGCCAUGGAGGUUCAGUGCACGGCAGCUGUUCGCUGUCUCACCGUACAGUUGGGCAUGGGAUAUGCAUGAACAUCUCAACACCAACUGGUGUUUGUCUCGAAGUUAGUACAAGCUUGUCACCAGUAGAUAUGUAUGCACCAGCUGGCCGCCGAAGUAUUUGAUUAACUGUAACAACUAGUUGGAGAUAUACGUAUAUUUGAAAAUCAGGAAUGGGAAACUGACCAAACGACACACUAAUCUGUAGUGACUACUGUAGAAACAUUUUGGAACUGGCAAAUGACAAAGAAUUCCGUGAAUUAAGAAAGAUAAACUUUUAGAAGCAAGGACAAAAUAAGAAAAAGAAAAACAAGUCUCAAUAACUAAUUAAAGUGUAAACUGUAAGAAAAGACUAUAUAGUCAAGAAUUACACAACAUACACUAUAAAUUCUCUUGGUAUGUGUCCGUGAACACAAAACGAAAACGGUUAGGUUUGUCUUUUUUUGAUAGUUGUAAAUCUUAACUCACUCAUUCAUAUACGCAAACACUUAUGACUAUGCGUUUGUGUGUUUGAAUUUACAUAUGUGUGUGUAUAUACUUGCAUACACACGCAUUCAUUUCAUAGAUUUAAUAACAUAUGAUCAGUCCGAAUAUUUUGUUGCACAAAAUCUAUCCUCUUAAAAGCUCCACUUGAAACACUCGUCGAGUGUUUUCCCUCCAUCAUCCCUCUCCACUCCGUUUCUAUUUUUAAGCAAAAUCAUAUAUUCACAUUUAUCCGUAUCAUAGUCAUACAUACACAAACUCACACACAUAACGGCAUACACAUUCAAAAAUAUACUUAUAUACACAAGCUGAUAUAUAUAUACAUACAUACAUACAUACACACACACACACACACACAUACAUACAUACAUACAUACAUACAUACACAUACACACACACACACACACACACACACACACACACACACACAUAUUCAGGCUGUCAUAUACACUCCAAAAUUCAUUCACAAUGGGAAACGAAUAAACACACAGUCAUUUACUUAUAUUUCGAGUUUGUUUUAAGUACACACACACACACACACACACACACACACACACACACACACACACACAUAUUCAGGCUGUCAUAUACACUCCAAAAUUCAUUCACAAUGGGAAACGAAUAAACACACAGUCAUUUACUUAUAUUUCGAGUUUGUUUUAAGUACACACACACACACACACACACACAUUGACAUACAUUCGGUGUAAUCAUUACAUAUACUCACAAACCCAACAUGUAAAACACACAUAAGAACACACAAACACACAGAUGUACUUAUCCCGAAGAGCAUUGAUAGACACCGUGCUCGUUGUAUGAAACGGACAUUCGCAUUUGCAUACACUAAGCUUGCCAUUCAUGUUAUUAUACACUCAAUUCCCCAUACAUUUAUAAAUACAUUGACACUCACACGCACAUACAUACACAAAGACACACAAACAGAUGCAUGUAUGCUCACUACAGCAAGCACACAUCUCAACAUACCACACGCGAAAACGUACGCGUGUGCUUGCUCCACCAAAUGAAUUUUUCAGGAAGAAGUUACCACUGGUACUCACACCACCAACAACAUCCACAUCAUCAUCAUCACCAUCGUCACCAUUAUACUCAUCAUCACACAUAUCCACAUCAUCAUCAUCAUCAUUAUCAUCAGCGUCAUCAUCCGCAGUAUCGUCACCAGUGUCUACAUCAUCAGCAUUUUCAUACCCAUCCCAUCUAUCAACAUUAUUUUCACGGCCACGACCGCUUCCUCCAUCAUCAAUCUCAUCGCCACGCUACUCAGCUACGUCACCGUCCUCAUCUUCAUCAUUAUUACAGACACCAUCAUCAUUUUCAACACGAAUAUAUACAGAAACAACAACCACAAUAACAACCACAACUACAAUUUUAUUUCCAAGAACAAGACUAAAGAAAGAAGUAGAAUCGGUUGUAUAUCAUCCAGAAUGGUGAUGAUUACAAAGCAAGAUAUAUCUAGACAUUAAUGAGUUAAACUGUCAGUCUUUCUGUCCGUCUAUCUAUCUAUCUAUCUAUCUAUCUAUCUAUCUAUCUAUCUAUCUAUCUAUCUAUCUAUCUAUCUAUUUCCGUAGAUGGUUGUAGACGGAUGAUAAGAAUAUACUAAAUGCGAGAAGCAGUCUAUUGCGUAUAUAUACGUAACAUUUAGAUGUUCAUAUAUAACUUCCGUAAACAAAAUAUAGCUGAUAUAUUAAUAUAAUUUAUUUGACUGUUAGAUCUAGCAAUGUUUGGUAUGCGAAGCACAACGGCUGUAUGCACGAUCGCUUCAGCGUCCAACUCGCCACAAUGCGCCUUUUAUGCAUUUCCUUUUUAUUCGUUCUUCUACUACUGCUAUUGCGGACUUCUAUUAGCAACUCUGUCCUCAGUAACUUUGGGCGAUUCCGGCCAUUCCCGGUCCACUACUACUUCUUACGAAGGGGUCGGAGGUAGCAAAUAUGAAACUGAAAAGAAAAUUCGCAUCGACGGCCAGGUUGUGUUCGGUGGGCUGUUCCCGAUGCACGAAAAGGGACAAGAUGGCAAAUCUUGUGGCAGUAUAAAAAAAGAGAAAGGGAUCCAAAGAAUGGAAGCGAUGUUAUUUGCCGUGGACAGGAUUAACAAAGACAAUAACUUGCUACCAAAUAUUUCAGUCGGUGUGCACAUUCUAGAUACAUGCAGCUUUGACACUUACGCGUUGGAGCAAUCGAUGGAUUUUAUCCGUGCAAGGAACUUAAACACAAUGGACUACACCUGUACUGACGGAAGCCCCCCAAAGUAUUCCCCAAAGACAUCAGUCGUGGGGGUUAUAGGGGCUGCCUCCAGCCUGGUCUCCAUUAUGGUAGCCAACAUUCUCAGACUAUUUAAGAUUCCUCAAAUCAGUUACGCUUCCACGAGUAUCGAUCUCAGUGACAAAACUCGUUUCGACUAUUUUUCCCGAGUUGUCCCUCCUGAUUCCUAUCAAGCCCAAGCAAUGGUAGAUAUUGCAAAGCACUUCAAGUGGAACUAUGUCAGUACUUUAGCUGACGAGGGAAACUAUGGUGAACGUGGAAUCAGUGCUUUCGAAGAACGAGCUAAAACAUCAGGUGUCUGUAUUGCUCGAUCAUUAAAGAUUCCACGCAGUGUGAACGAAGAGAAGUUUGAUAAUUUGGUCAAAGAUUUACUUGGUGUUGCAAAUUCCCGCGUGGUUGUGAUGUUUGUAAACGAAGACAACAGUCGUGGUAUUUUGCGAGCUUUGAAGAAAAGCAACAGAACAUCGGAAUUAUCCUUCUUGGCCAGUGAUAGUUGGGGUGCCAAGAUUCAUCCAGUAUUGGAACAAGAAAGUGUUGCAGAAAGUGCCGUGACGAUUCUUCCUAAAAGACAGAAAAUAGUGGAGUUCGAUGACUAUUUCUUGAACCUUCGUUUGAAAAACAACAAACGGAACGUAUGGUUUAAAGAAUACUGGGAAGCGAUGUUCAACUGUACAACAGACGAGAAAUUAGCGAACGCUGGCCACAAGCCAUGCAAAGGCGACGAAAGCCUUGACAGGGUCAGCUACCAACAGGAAGGAUUGGUGCAAUUUGUAAUUGAUUCCGUCUAUUCAUUGGCACAUGCGGUUGAAAAUAUGAUCAAAGAAAAAUGUAAUAGCGAAGUGAAAUUGUGCCGAGCCAGCCGCAAUUUACCCGGAGAAGAACUGUUACGUAUCGCUGAUGAAACAGUAGAGUUUAAUGAAAAAGGCGAUGGACCAGGUCGCUAUGAUGUUUACCAGUAUCAAAAAGAUGAUAUUGAAUAUAAAUAUAUUAGGAUUGGAGAAUGGACGGGCAGUCUCCGUUUAUUUGAAGACAAGAUUUCAUGGCGAAAUGGAUCAAAUGUUACUCCGACAUCGAUAUGUUCAGAGCCGUGCGGUCUUGGCUAUGCUAAAAGUGGCAGUGAUGCCUGCUGCUGGGUGUGUGUUCGCUGCAAUGACUACCAAAUUCUAGAGAACGUCAGCACCUGCAAAGACUGUCCAUUAGGCUUUCGCCCUGAUGCGAACAAAACUUCAUGCGUACGUCUACCAGUCCUCCAUCUUCAAUGGACAACAUUAUGGGCAAUUCUGCCCAUUACAUUCUCUGCUUUAGGAAUAGUUUCAACAAUUUUCGUUUUAGUUACAUUCAUAUUAUAUAGCAAAACGCCAGUAAUCAUGGCAUCAGGCCGAGAGCUGUGUUAUAUACUUUUUCUGGGUAUUUUCCUUUCAUACGGCACAUCAUUCGUGAUGCUUGCCAGGCCAUCGAUAGCAAUUUGCACUAUUAUGCGUUUAGGUCUUGGAUCCUCUCUAAGCCUCGUUUAUGCCUCAAUGUUAACCAAAACCAACCGAAUUUACCGAAUUUUCAAUCGUGGUAUUCGAGCAGUUGUGAAAAGGCCAAGCUAUACAAGUCCAAGGUCACAAGUAAUUAUUUGUUUCUCCUUGGUCUCUGUUCAAGUAGUUGGAGCUUUUACAUGGAUUGGCUUCGAAAGACCAGAUAUUAUGUACGUCCUCCAAGGAAAAGACGC